AUGACGCACCGCGUUGUGGUAACCAUGUUCACAGAUGACACCACUGUUUACCUGAUGGAGAAAGACGACUUCGCGGCACUAAACUGCACCCUAUCCUGCUGGUGCAGGGCAUCUGGGGCCAAAUUUAACACCACUAAAACUGAAGUGAUUCCAAUAGGCUCUAGAGAAUACCACAAUAAAGUAGUAGAGACUAGAAAAAUCAAUAACUCACAAGAAGCCCUCCCAACUAGUAUUGACAUCGCCAGAGAUGGCAAAGCCAUCAGAAUUCUUGGAGUGUGGAUUGGUAACGGGAUUGAGGAACAAGCUAUAUGGUCUCCAAUCUUGGAAAAGAUAGAGAACACUCUACAGAGAUGGGAAAAAUGGAAAAUCAUCCUCCAACGAACCAUAGACAGCAUGACACAAUAUUUGACCACCGCUCAAGGCAUGCCAAGAGACAUUGAGGAUCUCCUCAUCAAGAGAACCCGCAAGUUCAUCUGGGAUAGUGAAGGAAAAAACUCGGUUAGCAUGGGCACACUAUACGCCCCAAUAUCAGAAGGAGGUAAGAACAUUCUUCACCUAAAAAGCCGCAAUGAGGCAAUGGAACUUAAAUGGCUAAAGAGCCUCCUCGCUCCCCCCAAAGAAUGCCCUCAAUGGACCUUCUUUGCCUACUCCCUGAUUGCCAAAGCAAUGCAACCCUCCCCGGUAGUGAAACCCCAAGCUCACAUCAGCCCUUUCAUACAAAUGUGGUCUCCCUUGAUCAAAAAACUCCCCACACACCUGAGCCGCAUGGUCAAGGCAGGAAAGAAGUAUAACAUGAGAUGGGAAGCUAUAUCCAUCAACGCAGAUGUCGCCAGACAACUCCCUGCUUGGUUCCACAUUGGAGCCUGUAUCUACCCGAAAUGGCACCCGAGAACCUGCACAAUAGAAUACGCCCUCGCUAUUGCUCCAGAACAAAUCCCACCAGAGAUCAAUGCUGAAGGACAACAGAAAUUUGGGAUUUUUGACACAAUAUUCCCCUCCCCCGCCUCAAUUGAAGAUGGCUACUGA